ACCUUGACCUUGAGGAAGACAAUACACUAGAGUCAAAACGAAAAUGCUGUGUGGACAUCAUUUACGUAGAUUUACAGCGAAAGCUGCAAAGGUUUGGUCUCAACAGAGUGUUGCGACCGUAAAAAGAGAUUUCUCAGUCAGUACAAGAUGUUUGAAUGACACUGUGGGAUUCAUUGGUCUCGGAAACAUGGGGAACCACAUGGCCAGAAAUCUUAUCAACAAAGGCCACAAGCUGUUGGUGUUCGAUGUGUCCCAGACUGCUACUGAUGGACUCCGGGCGGCAGGUGCUGAUGUAGCAAGUUGUCCAGCAGAGGUGGCAGCUGGUGCCAAGAAAAUCGUCACUAUGUUACCCGAGACACAACAUGUAGAUGCUGUUUAUUCAGGAGAAAAAGGCAUUUUCAGUCAGGUGCAGGAUGGGAGCUUGCUGAUUGAUAGCAGUACCAUAGAUCCAGCCACUUCCCAGGCCAUGGCAAUCACUGCCAAGGGACAUAACUCUGUGUAUGUGGACGCCCCUGUGUCAGGAGGUGUCAAUGCUGCCAGAGAUUCGGUUUUGACCUUCAUGGUUGGAAGUCCUGAGGAAUCGUUUGAAAAUGUUAAAGCACUGCUUGACUGCAUGGGCAAAAAUGUUGUCCAUUGUGGAGCAGUUGGAACAGGCCAGGCUGCAAAAAUAUGUAACAACAUGUUGUUGGCAGUGUCUAUGAUUGGGACCUCUGAGGCCAUGAAUCUGGGAACCCGACUUGGUUUGGAACCUAAGAUGUUGGCUAAGAUCCUGAACAUGAGUUCCGGUCGCUGCUGGUCCAGUGAGGUAUACAAUCCCUAUCCAGGUGUACUGGAAGGUGUGCCCUCCAGUAACAACUAUCAAGGGGGUUUUGGUACUGCACUCAUGACAAAGGAUUUAGGAUUAGCCCAGAGUGCAGCAACAGUGACCAAAUCUGCGAUUCCUUUAGGAGGUCUUGCUCAUCAGAUAUACAGGACCAUGACCAACAAUGGCUUUGCUACAAAAGAUUUUUCCUCUGCACUCAAGUUUCUUCAAGGCGAGGAGCAGAGUUGAUAACAGACAUUGACAAAUCUGUUGAGUAUAAUGGG